AUGACUCAGCCGCCGCGCAAAACGCCGUCAAAAGGCAAAGCUGCCAUAUCCAAACCAACGGCUUCAGCCUCCAAAGCACGGCGGUCAAAGCUCGCCAAGGAGAACGACAUCACAGCCGAAGAGGAAACGGAGGUCAAAGAGGCAUGGGCUUUGUUCCGACGAGAGGACGUCGAAGGGUACGAGGACGAGAAGGAAGGGGUCAUCAUGGCCUAUGAUGUGAAAAAUGUCUUGAAAGCCCAAGGCCUUCACCCAAGAACCAAAUCUGAGAUGGACGAAUUCAUCGAGACGCUGGAUCCAGAUUCCUCGGGAUACGUCACAUAUCCUCAUUUUCUCGCCCUCUGCGCCCUCCGACUGAACUCCAAGACUGACGAGACCAAAGCGGAAGAAGUCGAGACGGCAUUCAAUCUGUUCACUCAUGGCCAAGUUAACACAGCUGGCGAUGAAGUGAUUAGCCUCAACGACCUACGUACAGUAGCGAGAACGCUAAAGGAGGAUGUCAGUGAUGAUGUCUUGAAGGCCAUGAUCUUAGAAGCCAAUGGAGGAACCGGCAUCAGCAGCGGCGUGAGCAUCGAGGAUUUCAGGGGCAUCAUGACUAGAGCGGGUGUUUUUCAAUGA